CACCCAUGGUCGUUUCUUCCUUCCAGAGCCUCAAAAAGACAUUCUUCGACUGUGUUCCUUUCCAAAGCAGUCCAGUGAGUUCCUCAGUCUAGAACAAAUUGGGAACUUUUUAGAUUAGCUUUAUAAAGUGUAUUUCCAGACCCUCGACGAUUCCUGAUACAUAGCAAUCAUUUUCAUGGCUAUUAUAUGGAUGUAUCAACUGAUGUGAUGACCACAUCUCCGUUGAACGAGACCCCUGGACAUGGACACCAUGAGAAGCCUGUCGACCAAUACGCUCGCGACAAUGGCCUGACUAUCGAUUGCAUAAUUGAUCCUUUGUAUCUCAUUUCAUCGUUGUCACUUGUUUGCGACCAUUCUGGCUCGCUCCAUGACGACGGAUCUCUUCGGCCAUUUCAAUUAUCUUGUCCACUUUCCCUGCAUGAAAGACCUUCCAUUCCAAAAGCCUCGGUUGAACUGUUGACACAUGUCAAACAUAGGGACGAUAUAAGGACUGUCACUGACGCAACAUUAACUGAACUGAACGAGUCGCCUUGUGCCAGAAAGCUGGAGCUGCCGCUCUUACGAAGUGACGCCGAAGUAGACUCAAUCAAUCUACAGCAAGAGAUCAACACCAGAACGGCUAUUAACAUUCAAGCAGAUCUGCCACCCUUCGAGCCGUUGGAUGUAUCACAGGAUGAAGCUUUAGGCUUUCCCCAGAGUGCUCAUAUUUACCAUGACGAAGUAGAAAACCUUUUGCGGCGAGAAAGGACGGCAAUCUAUAAAGACGGCAUUGAAUACUUAAAACGUGCUGUGCAGGACACUUAGCAAGAUGCUGACACCGCUUCGUUACUUUCAGAGGUUGCUGCCACUAGACUGGGAAGAGUAGAAGAGAUCACGCCGCCACUUAGUCCAAU